AUGCAUGUCGGGCAAGGUAGGAUUCGGCUGCGACAGGCUCAAACACUUAAGAAGUUGACCCGCGUAUCACCUCAGCCUGCGGUAUUUUGCUCCUUUCAUCCGUCUUUGGUGUCGGUUCUCUCUGGAAGAAAACGCAACAAUGGCUGGCUCAAUUAUUGCUUCUGUGGCCCCGUACCACAUUAUAUCGUGGGUGCUCCAUUCCGGGUCCCUGCCCAAGUACAUGAUGAGCUGAUGCUAGGCUCCGGCGCUCAACGACUCAGUUACGGCACCGUCUUGGGAACAACUUUCUUUCACACCUUUAUCACCACUGUCGUCAUGAUCCGCUCGGUCGACAUCAAAACCUUCCAGGAAGUCCUAUUCAAACUGUGGCCCUACUAUUUUGGCCUACAAGCUGCCGGCGCUGCUGUCCUUGCUCUUACAACUCCCGGAUCUUUGCUCACCCACAGUGGCAUUAGCGGCUUCCUUGCGCCGGCAAACCGGUGGGGAACCUUGGUGCCCAUCGCGGCCACCUUUGUCAGCAGCCUCGCCAACCUCUUUGUAGCUCUCCCCGCUACUAUCAAGGUCGAGCAGGAACGCUAUGGACAAGGCAAGCGAGACGGAAAGGAGUGGUUCGAGAAGGAGGGUGCUUCGGCUGAGAUGAAGGCUCUGAACCGCAAGUUUGAUAUGCUGCACGGCCUGAGUGCGUCCCUCAACCUGACCAGCUUCUUCGGCCUGUUGGCUUAUGGCUUCACGCUGGGUCGCCGCUUCCAGUAG